AUGAAGUUCAUCGAUGAAUUGGAUGUGGAGAGAUUGAAUCAAACUCUGAAUUUUGAGACAAGUGACUGUAAGAUAACGGGAGGAUGCGACAUCUUUACAACGAAGCCCGUGGCAUCUGAUAAGAAGUUAUACAAGACAAUAGACCACCAUUUGGAGUCAUUACUGCAAGAGAACGAGAGCUAUAACGCAGCAUUGCAACAAGCCCUAAUAGACUCCAGUGGUUCCCUUUCGCCUAGUCUUCCAGAUUCUAAUUCUCGUGAUUAUAAUUCAUUCUGGGAACAAAAGAGGCGAAUGUCUGUAAAUGAGAAAUCGAAUGGUAAUGGAUAUGCCUCUAAUGGAAAUGGACAGCACUUAAGAAGUAAUAAGUUGAAUGAUCAAAAUUUGAAAGAAUUAGUCUCAAAUUCCGACUCUGGAUACCUCAGUUCAUCGUCGACGGAGUCAGCUUCUCGCAUUAGAGGCAAGAUUAGAAGGACUAGUAGUAAUAAUAGUCUUCAAGGAAAUAGGUCUUCGUUUACAAGAAGAAGGUCAUCUGCUUACGACAGCAGUAUAACUAUAGGCCCAUUUGGGCCCAUAAACGAAACUGCCAGUCGUAGAACAUUCGCCUAUUUGAUUGCAAUAUUGAACGCCUCAUAUCCGGAUCAUGAUUUCUCGUCUUUGGAGCCAACGGAUUUUAUCAAAGUAUCUCUCAAGACCAUGAUAUCGAAAUUCGAGAAUUCGCUCUACUCACUGGGGAAGCAACCGGAAGAAUGGAUGUGGGAAGUCAUAAAUUCUCACAUGGACAUCUCGGAUUGUGUGAUAUAUCAAUACUCCCCUUCCCGGUCGUUCAUGGAUGACGAACCUGGACAUCUUUGGAGCCUCAAGUGGUUCUUAUUUAACAAGAAGAGGAAACGUGUCGCUUAUCUGUAUUUGACUUCGUCGAGGCUGAAAUCAACUAGCAACAGUGAAAUCAAUGAGGAUGAUGAGAAGGAAGCGGCUAGAGCCAGAUACAAGAGAAAAUUCACGAUAGGGGAGGACAUGAACCAAUACGAGGGUGAAUACGAUCUGACUUAUGACGAAAAUGCUAUUGAAGAUGACGAGGAGGAUGCUAUAGGGAACGACAAAUGA